AUGGCUCCCAAGGCUGCCGAAACGGCUAUUAAGCCUGUGACAGCCAUGCUAGCUGGAUCCACCACGGUCACGGUUUCAAAUACUCGAAAAUUAGCAGCAACAACCUUGACGUCCUCAACUGAAUCCAUAGCCAAGCCCCCGUCUCAAAGUCACGAAUACGAGCCAAGCAUGCUGAGUUCGGCAAAAAUCGACAUCAUGGACAUGACUGUUGUCAAGAUUCAACGUCGCUGGCAAGUGGUGGUCCUCAUAACAGUGUCUCAUUUCUUCAAAGAGACACAAAGUCCAUACAAAGUCGAAAUGCAUAUCGCUCAGGCUCUCUCUGUUCUUGCCCUUGCAGGCUCAACCCUCGCCGUACCUUUUGGUCCAGGCAUGGGUGGUGGCGACAACAACCGUGGUGGUGAUAAAAACCGCGGUUCUGGCGUUUCUACCGAAUGGGUUAUUGCCACUGCCACAACCUACGUCUUUGCCAACGGUGGCAGCCCAACACAAAUUCCAGCUCUCUCUUCAGCACCUGCUGUCACAGUCACAUCAACCCAGCCAGCAGUCACAUACCCCCCAUUCAGCAAGUCACAAGCUCCUUCGGCCGCUCCAUCCAGCAAGUCGCAAGCCCCAGCCGCACCAUCUGCUGCACCAUCUACCCCCUCGACUGGCAGCAGUGAUGGCACCUACAUGGGUGUCAUCUCCAAAUGGCGAUCCCAGAUGGGUCUGAGCGCACUUAGCCAUGAUAGCAAACUCGAAGGCAAUGCUCUCAAGACUGCCCAGGACGGUAACGGCAACAUGGUCCACGAGCUCAACCCUGGCACGAUGGGUCAGGUUCUUGCACCUGGUGACGCCGGUGAUUUCGAGAAGGUCUUUGUCGGCGGAUGGCUUUGCGAACGCCCAGAACUCUCUGGACUGAACGGUAUCUGCACGACCAUGUCUCAGGGAUGGGCUUACAAUGGCCAGACUGGUCACGCCGACAUCUUGGUCGACAGCAAGUACUCGAAGAUUGGAUGCGGUGUUGCAGGUGGUAUCUGGGCUUGCGAUGUGGCAUAA